AUGGCUGUAUACCAACGUUACAUUUUUCGGUCAUUGGCCAUUGCUGGCUUCACGGCACAAUGGGGUUUGAUGAUGCUUAAUGGCAACUUUCUCAAAUGGAUUUCGACCAGGUUGGAUGGAGAGUUUCCAUCUGGCUCUCCGCUCAAACCAAGCUUUUUGGGAUUUUGGCCUCUUGAUUUUUCCUUGGGGCUUCUCGUAACCUUCUUCGGGUCGCUCACCAUUCCAUCAGAACUGCCUAACUUGGGACCCAUGCUGCUGCUACUGGAUCUGGUGUUUGCUCUCGUGGUAGUGAAUAUGAUGACACUUGUCGAAGAUCGGCGGAAUAGAAAGAUAGGCUCGCUGCGUUACCCUGCUCUUUGGCAAUCGCUCAACAACUCUCUCGGCGCGGCAUCAAUCCUGCCAAUAUAUAUGGAGCGAUAUCUAAAGAGACAGCCAAAAGCUCUAUUUCCCCUUCCGGAUGCGCAGGCAGAUGCACUUCCUUUCUCCGCCGUUUGGAGCAUUGCCAUUUCGCUUCCGGUCUUUAUAUGUCCGAUGGCCGGGGCUACAGCGAUUCGCACUCAGGACGCUAUCGUGCUCUGGUUUCUUCUGCCACUCACACUGGGCGUAUUUCAAGACCUGGUAAGCCAUGCAAUGCCAUCUAUUCGCGUCGGCAGGCAAGCGACGAACCCUGUCAAAGUCGCCUACGCUAUUGUAGGCACCGUGAGUGCCGUCAUUCACGUCGGUGUGUGCUUCUGGGCCGUUUUCAAUCCCGACCUUAGCUUGACCAGCAUCUACUGGCCAAAUCACGCAUCUGUACAGCAAGAGAGGUUCCGCUUUACAGCAGCCGCUGUACUCUUCACGCAGUACGAUUUCCCCAUUAUUUACUUUAGCCUGAUUGCUACCGGUUAUUACAUUUUCAACUCCCGAGAGGCCCCAUCCGGUAUCAAAUCAAAUAGUACGUCAUUAUUUGCCACUCUUAUUGUCAUCAGUGCUGCUUUCGGACCUGGGGCUGGGCUGGCAUGGCUACUAUGCCACAAGGAGACACUUCAGGAGGCUGAACGUACUGUAUCAAGUUAG